CCCCUCCCCUCUCCACCCCCGCCGUCCUCACCAGGCGCCUCUCCGCCGCCAACCUCACCGCGUCCCUGUCGUCUCCGCCCCCGCCGCGAUCUUGGGCAUCGGUUUCUGAGACUGAUGGACUAUGAUCAAUCUAGAAGACAUAAUCCAAGUACGUCCAAAAGGAGGACUCAUUUUAGUUCUGAUGAUGGAAAGAGGAAGCGGGUUAACACCAGGCAGGAUGAUGGACCAGUGUCUUCUCGUCCAAUAGAAACCAUUUAUAGGAUAUUGUGCCCUGGGAAAAAGAUCGGCAGUGUCUUGGGGAGAGGUGGUCAUGUUGUUAAGGCCCUUAGAGAGGAGACUAAAGCAAAGAUAAGGGUUGCUGAUUCUAUUCCCGGUGCAGAUGACAGAGUCAUUAUUAUCUUUGAUUACCAAAAUCACUCUGAACAAGCUGUUCAAAAUAUUUCUAAUAAUGAUGGCUUAGAGAACAUGAAGCCUCAUUGUUUUGCCCAAGAUGCGUUGUUGAAGAUACAUGAUAAGAUUGCUGCUGAUGAAGAUCCCAACGAAGGAGGAGGUAUCCAUGAAAAACCUGAAACUGGCGGUGAUGUGACUGCUCGAAUUUUGGUACCAGGCAAUCAAGUUGGUUGCCUGCUAGGAAAAGGUGGCUCUAUUAUACAACAAUUGCGAAAUGAUACUGGUGCAGGCAUCCGUAUCUUACCAUCCGAAAAUCUUCCUCAGUGUGCACUUAAGCGUGAUGAAUUGGUUCAGAUAUCUGGCACACCUUCUCUUGUAAGAAAAGCUCUUUAUGAAAUAUCUACUCGUCUCCACCAACAUCCUCGUAAAGAAAAUCCACCUCUUGAAGAAAUUAUAGAUGCAAGCACACGAAGGAAGCUCGAGUCCCCACCACUGGUGCCACAUGAAAAUCCCAUGUUGCCACAUCUGCAUGUUGAUCAUGCACCAUCAAUGCCCAUGCUUGAUUCAUAUAGAAAUAGACCAUCACAAUAUCCUGUCCCUAUAGCAGAAGAGUUUUCUAUUAGGAUUCUGUGUGCUUCUGAGCUUAUUGGUCCUGUUAUUGGGAAAAGUGGGGCAAAUGUUAAGCAGGUAGAGCAGCAGACUGGGGCUCGCAUUAUAGUUAAAGAGUUGGACAAAGAUGCUUCUGGAGAAAGAUUGAUUGUCAUUUCAUCUAAGGAGAUUCCUGGCGAUCCAGUAUCCCCAGUAAUUGAGGCACUUAUUUUGCUCCAUAGUAAAGUAAGUGCACCUUCUGAGGAAGGAGAUUUGGUUACAAGGCUUGUUGUACCGUCAAAAACAGUUGGUUGUAUUCUUGGGGAAGGUGGGAAGGUCAUUACUGAAAUGAGAAGGCGUAUUGGGGCUGAAAUCCGAGUUUAUUCCAAGGCUGAUAAACCAAAGUACUUAUCUUUUGACGAGGAGCUUGUUCAGGUUGCUGGUGUUCCAGAUACUUCAAGGGAAGCCCUCACAGAGAUUGCUUCAAGGCUUAGAACUAGGACCCUCAGAGAUGAAAGUUCUGCCAAUAAUCCUCUACCUUUUGCUCGUUUUGAUGCCCCCCCUGCGGAUAUGUUUCUUAGCAGGGAAUUUGCACUAUAUGGAAGACCUCCUGCCAAUCCCCCAUAUGGAAGGCCUGCCAAUGACCCCCUUUAUGGAAGGUCUGCUAAUGAUUCACCAUAUCAAAAACUUGCCAUUGAUCCAGCAUAUGGAAGGCCUGCCAAUGAUUCACUAUAUGGAAGACCUGCCAAUGAUCCACCAUAUGGGAGACUGGCCAAUGAUCCACUAUAUGGGAGACCCGCCAAUGAUACACCAUAUGGAAGACCCAUCAACGAUCUUCCUUAUGGAAGAUCUGCCACUGAUAUGCCAUAUGGAAGACCAAACAAUAAACCCCUUGAUCUUUCUUCUGUUUAUCCUGUAGAUUACUUAUCGAAAAGAAGAGAGUAUCCUGGUUCGGGUCCUUUGGCUAGCAACGCUCCCCCAUCUGCUUCAUUCGACAGAUAUGCAGCACCUGCUCCUUUGCCUACUAUGCAAAUGCCCUUGCCUGCCAGUCCUGGUGCUGAUUAUAUGUCCCAUCGUUCCUAUCGUGACCAUAUGCCUACUGAUAGUUACUCCAGUAGAGGUACACAGCAAUUAGGUCUAUCGAGAACUGGGAAUACUAGUGUGCAACAAUUAGGCGUCACCAGAGCUGCAAAUUCCAAUGCUUAUGAUUACACUGAGGCCGCCAGACAGAUGCAUGGACGUGAGGAUUAUCAAAGACUACCUGGGCCAAUUCCAGGAUACUCAAGUAGCUCUCUCGAAGUGAGGAUUCCAAAAGCUUCUCUGGAAUCUAUCAUUGGAGCUGGUGGUGUCAACCUAGCAGAGAUCCGCCAGAUCUCUGGUGCAAGAAUGAAUUUGCGUGAAGCUCAUCCUGGUUCCUCAGAGUCCAUCAUGGAGAUCCAGGGCAUGCCGGACCAAGUGAGAGCGGCACAGAGCCUUCUGCAAGGCUUCAUUGGUGCCAACAGCCAGAGCAUGCAGCCAUCCAAGGCUCUCGACGUCCAUUACCCAAGGUGGAAUUAGAACCUGGUCUCGUGGCGGAGAACAAGAGAAGAGGGGUCACUGCGCGACUCUGGGUCGACCUCCAUGCUGAUGUUCUUGUAGCGCUGAAUAGCUGCUUAAGUUAUGGUUAGGGUCGCAACUCAGAUCAUGUAUCUUGGCCAAUAAUCUUGGGCUUGGUUUAGGUUGGUGAAGGAUUAGCUCUUCUGAUUUUCUUGUCUUUGCCUGCUUCUGAAUGAAAAAAAAACAUCUGAUGAGAAGAGUUGCAUGUACUCUGUAGUCUGUACUCUGUAGUUGUACAUGGAGCCUGGAUGGUUGAACCUGCUGUUCUGUGCGAUGCUAUUUAUGGAAGGAACACCGCACAUCUGAUUUUCUCUGGUUU